AACAGGCCUAGAGAAGGGAGGUGAGAACCCUCGGGUCACACAGUGAGACAAACAGAAUGCCACCAUGAACCCGGCUCUCUCCUAUGAACCCAGCAUAUUGAACCCCCAUAGCUGCACCCCAAGACAGCCCAGGAGGGCAUCGCUGAGGGCUCUUUCAAUGAAGGCAUUCACUGUGGGGCAGGGAGUCCUUCUGUGGGGCUGACUCACUGCCUGGGGACGCGAUUGCCACAAAGCAGCCUGCACUAAGGCCCCGCUGUCCCCUGGGGCUCCAGGAAUGGGAGCCGGCUCCCGGGCCGCCCAGCCUGAGUCACUGCUAACUCCGAGUUGUGCGUGUUUUUUCACUUGGCCCCACACCCCCAGAGUUGGGUGGGAACUCUGAGACGGCACCGCACACAGAGAAGUGAGUCCACCCUGGGCUGAAUAAUCCAGAGUAGGAAGUCCAAUGGGACCGGAGUGAUGAAAUCAGAGGGGAACCUGGAGUCAGCAGUUGGAAGGCCACGCCUUCCCCAGGUGCAUAUAAAGGAUCCUGGGGAUUGAGCCGCCACAGCAUCCUCUCAGCCGCCCUGAGCACCUUUCUCUUCCCUCUGCCGACUCGCUCGCUCGCUCACUCACCUCCUCCUUGGCACCAUGACCACCUGCAGCCGCCAGUUCACCUCCUCCAGCUCCAUGAAGGGCUCCUGUGGCAUUGGUGGUGGCUCCAGCCGCAUCUCCUCUGUCCUGGCCGGAGGAUCCUGCCGGGCGCCCAGCACCUAUGGGGGCCUGUCAGUCACCUCCUCCCGCUUCUCCUCUGGGGGAGCCUGCGGGAUGGGGGGCGGCUAUGGCGGUGGCUUCAGCAGCAGCAGCAGCUUUGGUGGGGCCCUAGGUAGUGGCUUUGGUGGUGGCUUCGGUGGCGGCUUUGGUGCUGGUUUUGGUGUUGGCUUCGGUGGCGGCUUUGGUGCUGGUUUUGGUGUUGGCGAUGGCGGCCUCCUGUCUGGCAAUGAGAAGGUGACCAUGCAGAACCUCAACGACCGCCUGGCCUCCUACCUGGACAAGGUGCGCGCCCUGGAGGAGGCCAACACCGACCUGGAGGUGAAGAUCCGAGACUGGUACCAGAGGCAGCGGCCCUCCGAGAUCAAAGACUACAGCCCCUACUUUAGGACCAUUGAGGACCUGAGGAACAAGAUCAUUACUGCCACCAUGGAGAACGCACAGCCCAUUCUGCAGAUCGACAAUGCCAGGCUGGCAGCUGACGACUUCAGAACCAAGUAUGAGCAUGAGCUGACCCUGCGCCAGACCGUGGAGGCCGAUGUCAACGGCCUGCGCAGGGUGCUGGAUGAGCUGACCCUGGCCAGAACCGAUCUGGAGAUGCAGAUUGAAAGCCUCAAGGAGGAGUUAGCCUACCUGAAGAAGAACCACGAGGAGGAGAUGCUUGCCCUGAGGGGUCAGACUGGUGGGGAUGUCAAUGUGGAGAUGGACGCCGCCCCUGGUGUGGACCUGAGCCGCAUCCUGAAUGAGAUGCGCGACCAGUAUGAGCAGAUGGCCGAGAAGAACCGCAGAGAUGCUGAGGCCUGGUUCAUAAGCAAGACUGAGGAGCUGAACAAAGAAGUGGCCUCUAACAGCGAACAGAUACAGAGUGGCCGCAGUGAGGUGACUGAGCUCCGCAGAGUGUUCCAGGGCCUGGAGAUCGAGCUGCAGUCCCAGCUUAGCAUGAAAGCAUCCCUGGAGAACAGCCUGGAGGAGACCAAAGGCCGCUACUGCAUGCAGCUGUCCCAGAUCCAGGGGCUGAUUGGCAGCGUGGAGGAGCAGCUGGCACAGCUGCGCUGCGAGAUGGAGCAGCAGAGCCAGGAGUACAACAUCCUGCUGGACGUGAAGACGCGGCUGGAGCAGGAGAUCGCCACCUACCGCCGCUUGCUGGAGGGCGAGGACUCUCACCUCUCAUCCUCCCAAUUCCUCUCCUCCUCUCAGUUCUCUUCUGGCUCUCAGUCAUCCAGAGAUGUGACUUCCUCCAGUCGUCAGAUCCGCACCAAGGUCAUGGAUGUGCACGAUGGCAAGGUGGUGUCCACCCACGAGCAGGUCCUUCGCACCAAGAACUGAGGCUGCUCAGCGCGGCUCAGGCCUAGGAAGCCCCCCGUGUGGACACAGAUCCACCUGAAGAUGCCUUCUCCUGUUCUCCAAACACGUCAUACCACACUUGACCCCUGAUCCCUCCUGGCAAUCAAUAAAGCUUCUUUAUCUGAGUUGCAUAA